UUCUAAGUUAGCUUUGGGAGCUCCAGUCCAUUGGAAAGCUGUCUUGAUAGCUACGAUCUACCUAUCUUAUCGCAGCUCCUCACCAUACCACCAAGGUGAUGGCCAUCCGCUCCAUGAAGUUUACACCCGAGGUCCUCCUUGGCGCGCCGAGGCGAUCCUCGGCUGUUCCCAACGCAGCCGGCACUCUCGCGGUCUACACCCAGACCUCUUAUUCCUUCGAGUCACAUUCCAAGACCAACGAGAUACGAGUCAUUGAAAUUCAAAGUGGUCGAUCUGCCCUUAUCACCAACGACCCCGGUGCCAGCAAUCCCCAGUGGCUGGGUGCUGAUGAUCAGCUGGUUUGGCUGAAGACUAAGACCAAUGGGAACACCAGCUUCAUCGUCGGCGAUGCUCGCCAGGUUGAUAACACAUACACUGCGGGCACUGUUCCGGGUCCAGUCUCGGAUCUGAAGGUCACCGUCAUCGAGCCCGGCAAGAUCGGCUUCGCUGUCAGCGGCAAGGCCAACCAGGACGGUUCCCUGUAUAACCCCCAGGAUGCGAAAAAGUCCCACACAACGGGUCGCCUGUAUACUUCUCUUUUCGUCCGACACUGGGACUCCUAUGUUGAACCCCAGAAGAACUCGAUCUUUUAUGGAAUCCUGGAGCAAACUCCCUUAUCGCCCGCCCGCAGGCUGGCUGGGAAGUACUCGGUGUCCGGCCUCACGAACCUGAUUUCGGUGUCUGGACUGACAGGCGUUGAGUCUCCAAUUCCACCGUUUGGGGGAACCAGCGACUUUGACAUUAGCCCAUCUGCCAUUGUCUUCAUUGGCAAGGAUCCUGGCCUGAACCCUGCAACACAUACCGCCUGCUCUUGUUACUAUGCGCCAAUGUUUUCCUGGACUAGCAUGAGCGUUUCUGAUAUCAAGACUUGCAAAGUUACUGGUUUGCAGGGAGCAAUGUCCUCGCCCGUUUUGUCUUCGGACGGUAGUUCCAUUGCUUUGCUGGCUAUGCAGAAGGAUGGGUACGAAUCUGACAAGAAUCGCAUUUUGUAUGUUCCGAACCCAUGGAAUGGAGACAUGAUCGAAGUGUUCGAGUCAAAUGAUGGCAAGGGGCUUUGGGACCUGAGUCCUUCUGCUAUCUCGUUUGCCCAUGAUGACAAAUCGCUACUCGUUCAGACUGAGGAAAUUGGACGUGGAGUCCUCUAUCAGCUUCCUUUGCAGGAUAUCCGAAAGGCCAAGCCUGAUGCGUUGAAGAGACUCACCCGGUCGGGAUACGUGAAUGAUGUUUUUCCUGCGGCUGCAGGCUCUUCCAGCCUACUUAUAUCUAGCAGCAGUCUGGUUGAUAACAGCGUAUGGUCCAUAAUCGACCCGGCAAGCCCUGAAGCAAUCCAAGUUGUGUCGUCAAGCGGCCGUGGAGGGUCGUCAUUUGGCCUUUCGCCAACCCAGGUGGAUGAGAUUUGGUUCCAUGGAGCAGAGAAUCACCCAGUACAUGCUUGGGUCGUGAAGCCUUCCGACUUCAAGCCGGGCGAGAAGUACCCUCUGGCCUAUCUGAUCCACGGUGGUCCCCAGGGAGCAUGGAAUGACCAAUGGAGUACUCGCUGGAAUCCUGCCGUCUUCGCAGAGCAAGGGUAUGUUGUGAUUACACCUAAUCCAACAGGUAGCACUGGGUAUGGCCAGCCUUUUACGGAUGGAAUUACUGGCCAAUGGGGAGGCCGGCCCUAUGAAGAUCUAGUAAAGGGCUUUGAAUACAUUGAGCAGAACCUCGCAUAUGUUGACACCACACGGGCUGUCGCCCUGGGUGCCUCAUACGGUGGAUACAUGAUGAACUGGAUCCAAGGCCAUCCUCUGGGUCGUAAGUUCAAAGCACUGGUUACUCAUGAUGGUGUUUUUAGCAUGACAUCGCAGCUGGCUAGCGAAGAACAAUAUUUCCCCCUUCAUGACCUUCAAGGCCCGAUCUGGAAAAAGCCGGAGAAUUGGGCCAAGUGGGAUCCAUCGCGCUUCACUGCGAACUGGCAGACGCCACACCUUAUUAUCCACAACGAGCUGGAUUAUCGGCUGACGAUCGCCGAAGGCCUGGCCGCGUUUAAUGUGUUGCAGAUGCGCGGUAUCGACAGUGCCUUCUUGACGUUCCCUGAUGAAAAUCACUGGGUCCUGAAUCCCGAGAAUUCUCUCAUGUGGCACAAGACUGUGUUGAACUGGAUCAACAAGUACACUGGUCUGCCUGCAGUUUCGGACGAACCAGACCUGUCAGCCAUGAACACUCUGGCCCUCUAA